CGCUCGGCCCGCGCCGCGCACGCGCACGGCGCCACUUAACGCCCCCUCCCCUCGCGCCACCCCUGGAGAUGGCAGCGGCGGCGGCGGCGGCGCUGCCGCGGCUGGGCGCGCUGCUGCUCCCCUUCCUCGCCGUCGCGGCCUGCCUCGACGUCCCUUCCCAUGGGUGCUAUUGGACUGGGUGCCAAAGCAAAUGGUUUGGAGUAUGCGCUGCUCGCCACUUCUUGGAUUCUGAAUCAGACGAUUGUGAUGGUCUCUGCAUGGUGUCGAAAAGCCCUCCAUGCCUUCCACUCCACACACAUUUCUAUUGCUGCAAACCAGGAAUCCCAAAGGUAACAAACAAAUGUGGACAUUGCAAGAGCAAGCUGGAUUUUGGCAAAGAGUUUAUAUGCUGCUCUGAUUGCUCUGAUCCAACCAUUAUGGACAAGAAUACCAAACUGGGUUACUGCAAAAGUGGUGCCAACUUAACAAUGCAAUUAAAACCACAAGAAACUUUUCACUGGGUUGCUGGCCCCUGGAUGAUAUGCUCCUCUCCAUGCGAUGGUGGCGUUCGAUAUCGUGAUGUUGCUUGUUAUGGAAGUCUAGAUGAUAGCACGAUCAAACACUACCCUGUGGAUGAUGCAAGCUGUUCUGCAGAUGAAAUGCCUGCAAGACAGGAAGCAUGUAAUCAGCAUAGCUGUAGCGAUCCUGAGAUGACACAGUCGAUGAAUCCCAAGAGAAGUGGAAUGUCCGGUUGGUUGGUAGCAUUGGUUGUUGUCCUAGGUCUUGGUGCAAUUGGUGGCAUUGCAUUUAUCAGCUACACUUAUUAUAGGAGGAGAUCCUCUGGGCCCAGUGGUUUCGUAUAUGUCAUGAUGGAAGCUUAUUCUUGAGGGUUGAGUCAGACUGCCUGUAAGCCUGCGAGCAGUCAGACUGUAGAAAAUAACGAGAAUGGGAGACAAGACAACCGGAAUUUUGGAACGCAAUCUUGCUAUUUCUGAGUACUAAAUAAAGUUUAUUUACAAAACUUUUUGCACGGAUGGAUUGUAAAUCACGAGACGAAUCUAAUGAGCCUAAUUAAUUCAUGAUUAAUUCAUAAUUGGCGAAUGAUUACUAUAGCAUCACUAUUGCAAAUCAUGAAUUAAGUAGACUCAUUAGAUUCGUCUCGCGAUUUACAACCUAUCCGUGCAAAAAAAAAAUUGGAAAUAGACUUCAUUUAGUACUCCAUGUAUAUAUUCAAAUAUUCGGUGUGAUAGUUUUGGGGGUAAAAUUUAUGGAUCUAAACACGGCCUGGUGUGCGGUUUUUGUCGUCAGGAAUGGUUUGUCAAUCCCUUCUAGCUGAUUCAUGUUCAGCCAAGUAGACUGCUGGGUGCAGCUGGGGAGUUUUGCACACGUCUGUAGUUGCCAAGGGUGUGAAUCCAGGAGCUGGGGAUCUGUCAGGAAGGAUGUCUAAUUGGCUGUUAUAAACUGUGGCGUGUGCCAAUGUGCCAUGUGUUCA